CUCGUUCCCUGUGCGCGUUCGUGGGGUGUGUGUAUUCAGCUCUCUGCACAUGCACCGCGCCAGCGCAUCCAUGGCUUCAAGACUUAACCUGCCUUUUGCCGUGGUAGCGUUUUGUUUGUGCGGACUCUCGACAGACGGCUUCAUGCUGCAACAACGUCACCGGCUCAGAACAACGGGACUUACAAUGAAGAAGACCAACAAGAGCAAGAGCAAGCCGGCGGCCAAGCCCUCGGGCUCGUCCGCAACGAUCGCAGCAGCGACAGUAGCAGCACCGCUGUCAGCAGGGACGUCAGGGGAAAGCCAGGAGCCUUCCGCGACCCCUGAUGCUACCAAGACUGGGAGCGCACCAUCAUCAGCAGCGGCGAGUACUGCCCCGGUCUUCUCCAAACGGAAGACGUUCUGGCAGCCCUUCCUCACCGCCACGGCCAACCCCAUCGCCGCCGCCGCCGGCGGUACGCUGGCAGCGCAGAACGUUCCCGAGGGAUCCUCGCCGGCUUUCGAUCCCCCUCCCCUCCCCAACAGGAAGUCCUUCUGGCAGCCCUACUACUCCCCGCCGACCGCCGCUGGGGCACCGCCGGUUGCCGACGACUCCGGACCGCCCGCUGCCGUUGCUGAGCCCGAACCACCGGCGACGGCUGAGUCGGAGUCGCCAAAGGAGACGGACUCGCCAAUGGAGGAAGCACCACCAGCGGCGGAGGAGGUCUCAGCACCAACAACCUCAGCCGCACCGCCCGCUGCGGAGGCCGUCCCGCCACCACAGCCCGCUGCUGCUACGGCCGCUUCGUCGCCGCCGCCGCCGUCGCCGGCCCCGCCCGUGGUAGCCUUCGAGCCGGUGCCCACCCUCAUCAGCGACAGCCCGGUGUACAAGGACGUCGCCAUGACCAUCGAGCGCGCCAAGAAAUCGGUGGCACCGUUCCGCAAGAAGGUUCAGGACAACGUCGCCGAGGGUACCGUGGGCGAGCGGGGAGAGGAGUGGGCGAUCGCUCAGGGUGCGAUCCUCAUCUUCGUGGCGAUGGGGAGCAUCCCCGUCGUCGGGGGCCUCGUGAUGGCGCUCGCCGGGCCCGGGCUGUUGGCGGGGGGGUUGGGGGUCAUAGCUGCCGGCGUCAACGGCCUCGGGAAGAGCCUAUCGCCGUGGCCCGCCCCUAUUAAGGACAACGAGCUCAACACCGACGGGAUCUACGGGGUCAUGAGGCACCCCAUGUACACUGGGUUGGUGAUGGUCUGCCUCGGGUUCGGAGUGGUGACCAACUCUCCGCUGAGGAUGCUCUUGGCCGCCUUGCUCGCUUUCGUGCUCGAUAAAAAGGUGGAAAAGGAGGAGAGUUUUCUGGUGGCUCUGCAUGGAGAGGCGUACGAGAGCUAUCGCGAGGCGGUGGCCAAGUUUGUGCCCCGGCUCUACUAGCAAACUUGUUUUUGCGUUAAAAAAAUGUUCGGUGUAGACUGAUUUGUUUGUUUUCUCGGAGGGGCGGCGGGGGGGCGGGGGGGUGGUGGUGAGCUAUCUUGUCGCGAUAAGAUGGACGGCUUGCACCGCAGAAGAGUAAUGCUGUACUGUGUGUUUGGCCAUGGGUCGGACGUACGGUCGCAUUAGUGCAGUAGCUGGUAGAUUGCGAACGCAGGCAACAGACGAGGAUUUUUUUUACCAUUAGCAGCAGUGCUGUAUCAGCAGUGUCAACAAGGUGGGUAGACACUGUGACGGUAUGUGUGUAUGUUCUCAGGGACGGCGGGAUUCCGGCGGUGGGGCAGGCCUUGUCUUGUUCAUAUUUUCGUCCUUUUUCCUACCUUUCGGUCUUGAUGAAAAGCCUUGGGGGCGGAUGGCGUGUGGGUUAAGGCGUGAUUUAUUCAUGAUGAUGGAUACCACCCUCUCUCUAGCUGGUGAUGAUGGACCGCCCCCCGUUCUUCUGUAACAGACGCACGAGCCUACUGCAGGUACUUUUGUGCAACCACCACAAAAAACUAUACCACCUCCAACUUUAGUAAUUGUNGCUGCUGCGCAUCCGCCGCGAGGCGUGCGUGUGGUGGUGGAGUUGGGUCGGCACUGAUGGGGUCAGGCGGGAAAAUGUAGAUGCGCGGGCCUUUCUGGCCGUCGGCGUAGGCAGUGAUGCCCAUCUCAUUUUUGUGCGCGGAGGCAGACACCAUCAGAAAGGUGGACGGGCACUACACGGCCCUAGAUUUGCUAGAGGGAGCUGUAAUGCCUGAGUAACCUGGCUUCGCCAUCAAAGGAGGAGAGGGCAGGUGGCGACGAGCUGAACUAGGCUAGUUGACCAUUCGGCGUGAGAAUUUUUAUUUUUUUCAGACCAAGUCGGACCGACUUUUUUGUCCAAAUUUUCGACAUUUGUCUUUCAAAAACCUGGAACCUGUGUGCAGUCAUUUUAAACGUGUGACGUGGACUUGUGCAACUUGUGUAAAAAAAAAUGACGCCGUCCGUGAGUUGUAGCGCUCACUUCGAGACAACACACACGACACAAUACAAAGCGCGGAAAACACGACAUCAUGGACACCGACAUGGAUAUCACGACCACCCAGCGUGGCCGGCAGACCAAAACCCCGGCGAAAGUCCAGCAGACGGGCUCUCUCGGUGCCGCCGUAGGCGGUGGAGGCUUGCUCUCCAGCAAGACAGUGCUGCUGCCUGGAAUCUCGGGGAACACUCAUGUUACCACGGGAGGCGCUGCCGCCACCAACACUCAGAGCGAGGGUGGAGCAGGCCGCCGGCGAGGGGUGGUAACCACUGCUCCUACCCCCCCGGGAAAAGGAAAAAACAAAGCGGCGGACGCGAAGCAACAACUGCAAGCCAUCAUGGCGGACCGCCGUUUUUCGGACGACACAGCAACAGCAGACAGCAUCGUCAACGUUGGCAACAGCGAAUCU